AUGUUCUUCAGCCGCCUUCUUGGCCCUUUGGCCAUCUCCUCGUUGGCUGCGGCGAUUCCCAGUCCCAACCUUGAUCGUCGUGGAACUAUCGCAUCUGAUGAGAUAGUUGGCUUUGCUCAGACCGUUCCAUCUGGCACCACUGGCGAGGUUUAUCUCGCCUACCAGCCUGAUCUGUAUGUGGUGAACGGCUGCGUCCCAUUCCCAGCUGUGGAUACAGAGGGAGAUACCAACGCUGGGUUGGCAACCACCGGUGCCUCCGACGGUGACUGCAGCAGCAGCACAGGUCAAAUUUAUGUGCGCGGCGCGACCUACGGCGACUAUUAUGGUUUGAUGUAUGCAUGGUACAUGCCCAAAGAUGAGCCAUCCUCGGGCCUUGGCCACCGUCAUGACUGGGAGGGAGUCAUCGUGUGGCUGUCCAGCUCCACCAGUAUGACGGCCAGCAAUGUUGUCGCCGUUUGCCCUUCUGCUCAUGGUGGAUGGGACUGCUCUACCGAUGGCUUUACUCUCGAUGGCAUCACGCCUUUGAUCAAGUACUACAGUAUCUGGCCCGUCGAUCAUCAGUGCGGCUUAACUAGCACUGUUGGAGGUACUCAGCCUUUGAUUGCGUGGGAGUCCCUGCCGUCUGUCGCCCAGGUUGCUUUGAACACCACCGACUUUGGAGACGCUAUCGUGCCAUUCAUUGACGCGCACUUUACCACGAACUUGGGCAAGGCCACGUUCUGA